GAAAGUUUUUUCUUUCUCUUUUCUUCUUAUUUUUUUCUUGCUUUUGCUACAAAUUCUCUUCCUUAUCUUAGUGCAAGUAGCGCGAGUGUGAUGAUGGCUGGACAUGUUCUUUGAAACUUCCGGGCUUCAGGGAUCUUUCAGGGCAUUUUUGAGAAAUCUUAAUAUUCAAGGUGUUUCUCAAGAGGCAAAGAAUAAAAGACGUUUCAAGGAAUAGCCUUAGGAUUUCAGUUAGUUCGCGUCAAUAGCGGGUACUGAUCGUUCAUUUGAAAUUCGCGGGGAUUAGUCGCGGUCGCGCGCGCAUCAGCCAUCAAAAGUUGCCAACGUUGAUAAGAGAUUUUGAGGUUAGGUUUUUAUCAGAAGAAGCGGGAAAUCGUGAUAAGUGGUGUAAACAAUAGAUUUACUUGGGGAAAAGAAAUAAUUCUCCCUUUUUAAAUACCAGCUCCUCUUCGUAUGCAUUCCAGUUGAAUUAGUGCACCCAAAAUUUCAAUUCUCUUGCUAAGCUUAUUUCCCCCCGGAAGUUCCACGUUUUCGUGAAAUAGUGAAGUGACUGCUCAGUUCCUCUUGUCAUGCCAUUGAACCGAAAUGUUUGUGCGCGACUUUAUCAAUGACUUUUAUCGACUGAUAAAGAAAGAGAGGGUUUUAUUGAUAGUUAAUUAUGAUAUCGACGGACUAUGUGCAGCCAAAAUACUUCAAGGACUGUUCAGAUGCGAUAACAUUAUCUACACCUUGUGUCCGGUACAAACGGUGGAAGAUCUGCAGAGGUGCUACGAGCAGCACUGCAAUGAAAUCAAGUAUAUUAUUUUUGUGAACUGUGGUGGCACCAUAGAUCUGGUUGAACUGCUGGACCCUCAAGAUGAAGUUGUUUUCUUCGUUGUGGACAGUCACCGGCCAACGGAUGUUUACAACGUUUAUAGUACCGCCCACGUCCGUUUGUUGACGGAACCUGAUGAGGAUGAGAACAUUCCAGAUUUUGAAGCUAUAUUUUCAGAUGACGAAGAGAGCGAAGGUUCUAAUAGUGAGUCUGAUGACUCGGAAAGUGAGGCGGCUAUCAACAAGAGAAUGCGAAUGGAUGAAGAGGCACUCCUGAAGCGAAGAGAGAAGAAGAUCUGGCAAGAAAACCGCAAAUCAAUCAUGUUUGACUAUUCAAAGCAUUCGUACUACUCCCAACCCAGUGCUCUAGUUAUGUAUGAUCUGGCGUGGAAAUUGAAUAAAGACUGUGUGGACAUGCUUUGGUGGGCAGUAGUUGGAAUUGCUGAACAGUACAUUCUGAAUAAAAUGGAAUAUAACAAAUAUUUGGAUUUAACUACCACAACCAUGUACUCGCACGUAAGCCGCAUUUGCAAUAGAUUACAUGUCAAUAAUGAUGAUGAUACACAUUCCCUCAACUCUGCCAAUACAUUCGACACAUCCUCCGGUAAUACAAUUCUCAAAAUAACCUCUGAUGAUGAUCUCAAUCUAGCCCUGUUUCGCCAUUGGACCAUUGAGUCCAGCAUACGCUACUCCAGAUACACUGCUGUGAACUUGAAGCUUUGGACCAUUAAAGGUGAAAAGAGGCUGAAUAAAAUGCUAGCAGAAAUGGGAAUGCCUCUUGUCGAAAGUAAGCAGAAAUUUAGCACAAUGGAUUUAAGUCUUCGAAACGAGUUCAUGACCAUGAUGAACAAAGUGUCAGUGAGAGAUAACCUUCCUCAUUUAGUGAUUCCUUCAUUUUAUCUUAGCUAUGGUUACACAUCUCGUUACGCUGCCUCUGAUUACGUCUAUUCCUUGCUAGCACUACUGAGUCGACCAAGUAGAGAAAAAUCUUUCACUGAUUGUUUUUUAGAAGCCUUUGAUGCUCUCGCCAGAGUGAAACGAGACUUGCUAGAAAGUGGAAUCAGCAGAGCCAAAAAGCUGAUGAUCGCUUUGUUUCGUCAAGUUCAAAACGCAAUAGAGAUGAAGCAAAUCAAAGCUACUGGUCCAUUUUACUGCCUGAUUUUGAACGAAGGAACUGCGGAUUCUCAAUAUUUUUCGCACCCCCACCUUCUCCCUGUUUUGGCGUAUUACGUUCUAGAGUCUUAUGUGGCUGUGUCACAUGCGCGCAAAGCAGCUACUAUGCCUUUAAUUGUAUCUUUGCCCCAUGAUGUAGAACGAUCAACUUGCCUCAUUACAGGAGUUCCUCCGAUUCUAGAGGACUCGGGCAAGAGUUUCUUUGGGAAAGCUUUCGAGCAGGCUGCGGAAAAGUGUAAUGUGCAAUUAACGUCUGUUUAUUUCGAUUCCUCUGUGAUAGAAUUGAAAAUGGAAGAAAGGACUACCUUUUUAGAAGCACUUACCUCGUUGUUGAUAUAGAAUUUUUUUAUAAUUAUUCCUUUUCAUUUUUUAAUCACGGCCAUACUGCGUAUGGACUGAUGAAAAAUUAUUUUCUAACAGAAAGCAAUUUUACCUUCCGAUUCAAUGAAAAGUUUUUUCUGUGUUUGUAUAAAAAGGCCGAUCAACUUUUAGCAUUUCUCUUUUUUUGUGUUUUAGCUUUUCAACAAAUUUUUAAAAGAUCGACUUGGUAAAUUUAUUAGAAAUUCAAGAAAUUAUCGAUGUCUUACAUUUUUGUGAUCCUAGCCAACUCUGUCAUAGGUACCUUCUUUCUUCGAACCGUACUCGCUGUUUUCCAAAGUAUUUGAUUUAUCAUUUUUAGUCAAUAAAACUAAGGAUUUAAAUGCAUA